UGACCUAACCCGCGAACAGGCAUACUCUGGGAACGAGAUUGGGAAGAAUCGUCAAGUCGACUCAAGUGGUGAGACUUGAAAGAGUCUGAAAAUGGCAAAGGAAUGUGUUGAUUUAACACUGAAAUAUCCAUUAAAUGAUGGAAAUUUCAUUCCUGUUUUAGGUCUUGGAGUAAGUACGUUUAUGAAUAAUAGGAUGUCCAAGGAUGAUGUUGAGGGGACUUCUCGGUCAGUCAGUAUUGCUUUGAAACAAGGAUAUCCUAUGAUUGAUACAGCGGAGAUAUACAAGUAGGUUCAAAUUUGCGAGCAAAUUUGUUCGUUUAGGAAAUAACUCGUUACUCGUGUAUAUGUCCCUUAAUUACGUUGUUUACAUUUUCCGGCAGUCAAACGUUUUUGUUGUGAAUAGAAAACAUAAUCUUUGUAUAUCGAAUGGGCUAUUCCAAUUAUUAUCCGCACCCCCCCUGUUGAGGAACCUUGGAAUUUCCAGGGGAGGGGGUGCAUUAACCUUGGAAUUUCCAGGGGAGAGGUGCAUUAACUUCAAAUAUCCAGGGGAGGGGUACAUUAACCUUGGAAUUUCCAGGGGAGAGGGACAGAGGGUACAUUAACCUUAAAAUUUCCAGGAAAGGGGGCAUUCUGGCUCUGGAAUUCCAAGGGGAGGAGUAAUUCUCACAUGGAAUUUCCGAGGGAGGGGUAAAUUUCAUGGGAUGGAAAUUCCAUGGGAGGACAAAUGUUAGAUGAAAUUUCCGGGAGUAAAUUUCCCAUGCUGCAAAUUCCAUAGGGAGGGGUAAUUUACACAUGGAAAUUCCAUGGACAGGGCCAAAUUUUAAAUGGAAAUUCCAUGGGAAGGCCUAAUUUAAAAUAGAAAUUCCAUGGGCAAGGGUAAUUUUUACAAGGAAAUUCCAUGGGAAGGGGUAAAUUUUACAUGAAAAUUUGCGGAAAUUCCAGGGGAGUAUCGACAUGAGAAAGGGGUUCCUCACAUAGGCGUACCGGAAGGAAAAAAUUAGGGGGGCGGAAAGAAAAUUGCCCGACUUUUUGGGUUUCUGCCCGACUAGUACCAAAAAAAUUUUUCCGGAAAAAUUAUUUUGGCGACCCCCCCCGUCACCAAAAAAAUUUCGGUCAGUGUACCAUUUUAGGGGUCAAAAAAAUUUUCCGGACAACCAAUUUUUUCGGAGCAUAACACAAAUUUUCAAAAAAUAACAAAAUUUGCCAAAAAAUCGACUUAAUUUUAGACAAAAUUUACAGAAGUUCUCCCAUUUUUUUUUAUUGCAAACCAAAAUUGCCCGACUGUUGAUCGAAUAUUGCCCGACUGCCCGAAAAACUGGGGGGCUACCGCCCCCCCCGCCCGGUACGCCUAUGGUUCCUCAACAGGGGGGUGCGGAUAAUAAUUGGAAUAGCCCAAUUUGCGGAUUCGCCUGAAUUUUCGCCAAGGCAAGGGGUAAUCAGAAAUCACCAACUUUGUAUUGUUGUGUCAUAUUGAAAUUAGCUAUUAAAUUAUGUGCCCAGGUCACCCCCCCCCCCCUCCCCCCAAUAAUUGUGGAUAAGACAUUUCAGGUAAAUGUCAGAUAAGUUUGGUAGAAAAUCAGGUAACAAUUGUGUCCGAAAUCGGGGAAGAAUUAUGCACCAAUCAAUGUUAUGCCCGACUCUAGGGAGGGAGGGCAAACCCAGGGGCAUUUUAGAGGCGUAGCCAGAAUUUUUGGUCUGGGGGCCAGCAAAAACCCAGGUGGGGCCAAGCUGCCAGUGACCCGAGACGCGAACCCGCCCCCAGCCCUGGCUACGCCUCAGGGGCAUUUGUCAUUUUCAAUUUUUUUUGUGUCAAUAGUCCCCACUAUGAAGCAGCACUUUGUGGUCAAUCAUAGUCAAAUGCCCCCUACCCCUGUGUAGGCAGUUGCGAUAUUGAAAAAAAUCGAUAUAUCGAUAUUGAAAAAAAAGUAUCGAUAAUAUCGACUAUAUCGAAUUAUGCAAAUGAGAAAACGUAAUUUAGUCAACUUGCAUGUAUACGCAUCACAAACAGUUAAAAAGAAGUGCAUGAAACCAGUCAUGGUACGUCUCAACGAUUUUAUAUUAACAACGGUUUAUCCGUCAACUCAGCUUUUAAUUUCAAUUGUACAUGCACUUGUAUCAUAAAUUCGCAAUUGCUGCCAUACACACGUUGUCUAAACUUCACCGAUGAAAACAAUAAUUGCCGAAUAAUCGAAGAUUAAGUUGUUUAGUUACAACUUUCAAUAUUUUCGAUAUGCGAAAAAUUGAAUAUCGAAUAUCGAUAUUUUUGAAAUAUCGAUAUCGAAGAUUAAGUUGUUUAGUUACAACUUUCAAUAUUUUCGAUAUGCGAAAAAUUGAAUAUCGAAUAUCGAUAUUUUUGAAAUAUCGAUAUUUAUCGAAAAUAUCGAUAUAUCGCAACUGCCUACCCCUGUGUUAGAGGAAAACUACAAAGAUGUUAUAAUCUGCUCAAACAAUUUAUUUAUAUUUAUAAUAUAGCAUAAAAUUUGUACAUUCUGAACGCUAUAAAUUGGCUAAGAGCUGUGUUGAUAUAACUCGAUAUAAAUGCGGAAAUUUCCCGUCGCUCGUGGAUUCAAUUGUAAUCAUUAUUUUCUCCUUUCUUAUUAUUUAUUUCCUAGUCUAUUAAAUUAUGUAUUAAAAAGACAAAAGUUAACAAGAUUUUAUUUUAAAAAGCUGCAAAUGAAGUGAUAUUAUUCAUGAACUCACCUUGUGAUUUUCCUGAAACACGCCUUGAUGUUAUGAAAUGAUGUUUGUGAAAAUGAUAGGAGACUGGUAACAAGAAUGUCAAAACGCCCGACCCUAGGGAGCUUCCUUGAUGUCAAAUAAAAUAAAAUCCCCCACCCAGAAGCAGGGAAACCGGGUCAAUUCCCAGUGUAUCCCCGCCCUCCCUAGGGUCAGGCAUAACAUUGAUUGGUGCAUUAGCAUUCAUAAGAUUUAGAUUAAUAGUCAGUGGUAUAAGUUUAGCAUGAAAAAUCUAAUACCAAUUAACCCAAUAACCCUCCCAACCAAGAUAUCAUGGGGCAUUAAUAGAUAUGGAAUUUCUUCAAUGGAGGAUGAGCCCUCCAUGAACCAGCCCAAGACUUGCUCGGCUGCUCCAUGGACUUCACGUUGUAGUGAAUUCUCCAUUAGUCCAAUACACGCUUGUGGAAAGUAUGUCACCUUGGCUAUUAAUGAGCCUCAUUUUCAUGAUUGUACGUUAGACUUGAACUAAUGUCAUAUACAUGAAAACGAGGCUGUAUAGCCAAAGUGACAUACUUUCUAAAAGGGUUUAUUGUGUAAUCACGAUUUUACUGAUAUACAGUACCGUGGGAAACAGGCCAACUGACCUUGCUAGGAACUCGCAAGAAUUUUUAAGAAUUUUUAAAGUAAGAAGAAAUUUUAGAGGUAGGAAUACUAAACAUACUUCAGGAAAAAUAUUCCUUUUUCCCACCUGAGUUAGCUGGGAUGAAAUAUGGUGUAUUUGUUCAAUAUGUAAUUGCAUUUUGCUGAGUUGUUCCGGCAAAGCAAAUUGAAAAAUCACACAUGCACAGUUUCAGUUUUGAAAUUUUAUGGUAAAGAAAUGUCAAGCAUCGAAAUUUAGUUUAUGUUUCUGUAAUAUCUCUGUGUUUACUUAUUAGUUUAAUAGAGAUAUGUAUUUAUAUUUAAUAGAAGAAUACUUUGUACAAACGCUUUAUAAAGAUUGAACCUCGCUGUUCGAAUGUCUGACCUAAUCUAGUAUGAUACCAAGUUCACCCUCCAUAUACUGUAUGGUGUUGUUUACUUGUUCAGAAUAUGAAUAAAUUAUAAACAUUAACUUUAACUAUUUAUCUAUUAUAGGUUCAAUAAACACUUUUAUAAAUUUAGGAUAAUAAAGUGACUAGUACUGCUUUUUACAGUAUGAAUGCAAGCCAAAAAAGUGUUGGGGUUAAUACUAAAUAUAACAUUAUAAAUAUAACAAUAUUAAAUACAACAUUAUUGUUAAUCACAGUAACUCCUUGAAAAGUGUCACUUUAUGCAUAUUUACAGUAACUCUUUGAAAAGUUCAGAUCAAUGGUUACAAACUUAUACUGGUUACAAUUUCAAUGUGUUGACUGAGUUUUAAAUCAGAUCAAUUAUUAACUUUGGGACAUCAGCUGUAAAUUAAGUCAUGAAAAAAUAAAUCUAAAAAUAUCUAGUGGUGCUGUUUGUGCCUAUAUGUAUCAUUAUCAUCAUUGUAAUAUGUAACCUGGGCAAUCGAUUCACAAUAUGGUGAUAAGGUGGUCCAUAAACCUGGUUUACAGGGUUGUAAUGGUAUCCAGGGUCCAUGGACAUGUGCACAGGAUGGUGAGAUGGUCCAUGGACCAGCUGCACAGGGCAGUAAGGUAGUCCAUGUAAUGGUACACUGUAAGGUGUUCAAUAAAGUUGACUUUGUCUGAGUGGAAAGGACUUGCCAUGUGAUGGUACGUAAGGUGGUCCAUGGACCAGGUGCAUAGGAUGGUGACAGUAGUCCAUGGACCAGGUGCAGAAGGAUGAUAAGGUAUAGUCCAGGGUGCUUUAAAACACAAGCAGGGAAACAUGCUCAUAGUGCACUGACUGUGUCUGAUGUGGCAGGGAUUGGAAGUCAAAUGUACUUGCAUGCAUGUUGAAAGGACAGAAAAAAAGAAAAGAGAAAUUGAAGAAAAAAUGUGAAAUAUUUUAAGAGGAAACCAUCCUUACACAGCAGGAAAAAUUGCUGUCUUUAAAUGAAAAAUAUCACUUAAUCCUGAAUUAAUUGACAGUCAUUGUCUCAUUACCUCUGUAAAGUCAGAUUUAGAAAACCAAGGAAAUUCGGACAAAAUGCUAGGGAAAGUCCACAAAAUUCUGGCAAACAUAUCAGAACAUAUGUUAAAUUAAGGUUAUUUUAUGAUUACAAACCUCCUUACAAAUUCGAGCAAACUUUCUAGUGACCCCCUGGAAAGGAUUAACCCCAUACGCUUAUGAUUUUUUUCGCUUACUUAAGAAGGCUAGUGACUCAGUAGUUACUUGAAGAUACUUAUGUAAGGUGAAACCAGGGCGCUGUUGAACAUGUGUUUUUAGAGCGCCCGGCCCCUACCUGCCUCCUCCGCAGGCCCUCGUUGCGUCAUGGGAAGGUCACGAUCUGGCGAGGCCUCUCGAAAGGCCUCACGAGAGGCCUCUCGAAAGCGUGACCUUCCCAUGAGACAACGAGGGCCUGCGGAGGAGGCAGGGCCCAUACGUGGAACCAGGGCUGGCGCGAGCGUGCGAAAUGCGCGGAUCAAGCGGGAUUUUUAAAGAUGAAGCGAAGCAAAAACAAGAAACAAAAAUAUUUAAAGGGCAAUCAAAAAGUACAAUUUGUUAAGGUAAAUCUAUCCUUAAAAUGGAAAAAAAUUAACUUGUUAUAAAAUAGAGCCUCUUGCAAUUAAUUAGUAUUGCAAAUUACAUCGCUGGAGUUGGAAAAGCAUUUUUAAAAUGUGAAAUUAUUUGAAGGCAUAGCGAUUUUAUCAUAAAAUAUAUUUACAUUUUUCAGGCAAUGGCAAAUUGUAGUCGAGUUUUUUAGCCAGUUUUUUAUUAGUUAUACUUUCGACCUGAAAAGGUUAGAAAAUGGGCUUUUGUGGGCUUUUUUUUUUAAUUCAAAGAUUUAUGACCAGGUCACUUGCGUAAUUUACAAUGAUACAACUUGUGACCUUCUUUUGAUAAAGUUAGAAAACAAUUGUCAAUUUAGAAAACAUUGGAAACAUUUUCAUUAAUUUAACAUAUUCAGGCAUUCAAAUGCAAUAUAAAAGUUAGGGAAAAUAUUCAAUGACAAGGAACAAGCAGAAAAUUCCGUUUUUACUAUGUUAAAGGUUGUUUUAUUUCUCUUUUCGAACUUACAAUAUGCAACUGAAAUGUCCGCCAAAAGACUCCAAAUUGCAUAAUGUUCACAGCGAUGUCGCAGUUUUACAAGCGCGGAAAACUUUUGACCUUUAAAUAUUUCAUGCACAAUAUAUGAAAACUAGCUUCAUUUUUAUGUUUUUGGAUAAUUCAAGUACCUAAUUUUUUGCCAAUCACCAAAUGAUAAUGGGCUUUUUUAAUGUUUAAACAUUUUUUGCCUUUAUUUUUGACAUGCACAUGCCAAAAUCUACACAAUGCCAUAUGGAAUACAAGCAAGCGAUGCACAGCGAUGUCGCAGUUUUACAAGCGCGGAAAACUUUUGACCUUUAAAUAUUUCAUGCACAAUAUAUGAAAACUAGCUUCAUUUUUAUGUUUUUGGAUAAUUGUACCUAAUUUUUUGCCAAUCACCAAAUGAUAAUGGGCUUUUUUAAUGUUUAAACAUUUUUUGCCUUUAUUUUUGACAUGCACAUGCCAAAAUCUACACAAUGCCAUAUGGAAUACAAGCAAGCGAUAGUUUGUUGUCGCAGUUUUACAAGCGCGGAAAAUUUUUAACUUUUAAAUAUUUCAUGCACAAUAUAUGAAAACUAGCUUUAUUUUGAUGUUUUUGGAUAAUUUAGGUACCUAAUUUUCUGAAAAUCACCAAAUGAUAAUGGGCUUUUUUAACUUUUAAACAUUUUUUUGCCCUUAUUUUUAACAUGUGCAUGCCAAAUCUACACAAUGCCAUAUGGAAUACAAGCAAGCGAUAGUUUGUUGUCGCAGUUUUACAAGCGCGGAAAAUUUUUAACUUUUAAAUAUUUCAUGCACAAUAUAUGAAAAGUAGUUUUAUUUUGAUGUUUUUGAAUAAUUUAAGUACCUAAUUUUCUGAAAAUCAUCAAAUGAGAAUGGGCUUUUUAAAAUUUUUAAACAUUUGUUUGGCCUUAGUUUAAACAUACUUUUUUCCAGCUUGUUUCAUAGGGUGUCAGAUUUAAAACGCGAAGUGGAAGGCAAUGCUAUUCCAUGUGUAGAUUUCGGCAUGCACAUGGCCAAAAAAAUGUUUAAAAAUUAAAAAAGCCCAUUUUCAUUUGGUGAUUUUCAGAAAAUUACGUACUUAAAUUAUACAAAAACAUCAAAAUAAAAAUAGGUUUCAUAUAUUGUGCAUGAAAUAUUUAAAAGUUAAAAAUUUUCCGCGCUUGUAAAACUGCGACAACAAACUAUCAGUUGCUUGUAUUUCUCAUAGGGUGUCAGAUUUAAAACGCGAAGUGGAAGGCAAUGCUAUUCCAUGUGUAGAUUUCGGCAUGCACAUGUCAAACUGAAUAAGGCCAAAAAAAUGUUUAAAAAUUUAAAAAGCCCAUUUUCAUUUGGUGAUUUUCAGAAAAUUACGUACUUAAAUUAUACAAAAACAUCAAAAUAAAAAUAGGUUUCAUAUAUUGUGCAUGAAAUAUUUAAAAGUUAAAAAUUUUCCGCGCUUGUAAAACUGCGACAACAAACUAUCGGUUGCAUUUAAGAACUUGCUGUUUUUAUCAAUUUAUGGCGCUUCAUCUGGUGGAACUUGACAAAAAUACAUGUGAUUGAACAUACCUGAUUUCCAAACACACAUUCCAGUUGCAGGUUUUACAACAACAGCCGUUUAAAAAACUUUUUCUUCGUCUUUUUUUUCAUCUUUUAAACGAACGAAGUUGUUUUGCAAAAACAAUCGAUCCUCGUGAGUGAGAUCCCAGACUUAUAUCACACUACAACAUUCCCCAUAUAAUCAGCCGUGAUUAAGAAUCAGGAAAAAAGAUUUUGUCUAUAGUAAUAGCACAGAUCCCAAAUCCAUUGUGAAUUCAGCUUGAAUUGUACCUUUUUACGUAGUAAUUUUAAAAAGAAGUCAAAACAAACAUGCAUGCCUGAUCAAACCACAUCGAAUUCGAAUAAAAAUAUGCGGGGGGACCUGCAUCACACAUAGAUCAGGGGCGCGAUAGCCGUUUCACCGCCCGUGUUUUACAGCGCCCUGGUGGAACUAAGAAGGAUUGCGAUUUUGAGGUGAUGGUGGGGUAACUGAUUGAUAAGCGAAGAUAGGGUAUAUAAUAUGUAGUGAAGGUUGGUUUAUAUUAUUUUAAGUUUGUGAUAGUUUGUGCUUUAAAUGAAUUACGUAAAUUCAUGAAGACUAUGAAGAGUCACGGUCCACAUGAUGAUAGGGUGGUUAAAUUCUGGUGGUCUGUGUGAUGGUAAUGUGGUCCAUGUGAUGAUAAUGGGAUCCAUGGCCAGGUGCACAGAGUGGUAGGGUCAGUGUUAAGUCAUACUAUAUGUGAUAACAAGGAUGCAAGAUUUGUGAUAGCUGUAAGGAUAGCAGGGGUAAGAUCAGUAUGAUUAGGAACAGUAGGGACCCAUUACCCGUCCAAUCUGCUGCUCUCACUUUCAGAAACAAAAUAUAGUGAUUAUGGAGAACUUAUUUUGAAAAUUUCAGUGCAUCCAUGUUUGUCUAUAAAAAUCAGCAGUGCUGGAUGUCCCAAUGUUUUUGAGAUUGUAAUCAAUACCCAAAGGCGCUGCUGAAUUGAGUUACUGUCUUCUACACUAAUACGAAAGGCAUUAAUUGCCUGAUUAAUGGAGAUGUACACUGCAAUAUUGUCCAAUAUUACUAAGUUAUGAUGUAGAAUAAAAUAUAUUUUAGGUGCCAUGCAUAAAAAUGCAUAAUGUUUUACACACUUAGAAAUGAGGAGGAAGUUGGUCAAGAAAUUAAGAAAUCAAACCUAAGAAGAGAAGACGUGUACGUUGUGACAAAACUUUGGGAACAAAAUGGAUAUGAAUAUUGUUUGAAAGCAUUUGAUGCAAGUCUGAAGCGGUAUGUAAAGGUUGCCCUUCAGCCACGUUUGGCUAUGUGAACCGUAGCCUGCGACGCUCAAUGAACGGUAUACAGAGUCUGCUAAUCCACGACGAAAAGCUUGUAUGGUCACGUAGACGAUGACGAAUAAAUGGCCUUUGAUCGAUGACUUCUGAUUAAUUAAUUAUGCAGAAAUAAUUUAAAAGUUUUGAUGUGUUGACUCGCAUCAGGCAGAACAUUUUCUUUGAUCAUUGGCAUCACAUGCCUAACAAACUCUAUGACGUAUUACACCCUAGCUCCCAGAGCAAUGUUUAUCUCAGCACUAUUAGCCAGCUUAGCUUUAUGAGUCAAAACUGAGCAGGAAUAAUAAUUCAUAGUGAUUUGAAUGUUUCGAAAUCACAAUAUAUUAUGUACUGUUUAAUAAACGAGCAGGAGUGUUUAUUAGGUUUAAAGGUAAUAAAACACGACCUUUAUGCGAGUUUAUUAAACGGCUUGAAACACGCACGACUACAAAUUCAAUAGAUAUACUGCCUUAUUAGUAUUCUUUAUAUAAAGAAUACUAAUGAGGACACGACCACAAUAGAUACUGCCUUAUUAGUAUUCUUUAUAUAAAGAAUACUAAUUAGGAGUGUUUAUCAGGUUUAAAGCCACUACACGUGACAUAUCAUGGUUGACAUGAUUUGGCAACAAGCUUAUGCAUUGUUAAUGAGUGUUUGAAUAUAAUUAUAAACAACUUCGAAUGAUCAUAAUAGAACUAGCCAAAAGAAAAACAUACUUGGUUAUUUGAAACUGUGCUGAUUUCCUUAGUUUAUUUUACUCAUGAGUUAUUAUUCAGGUAACAUGACACACUUACAUUUUUACAUAGUGAAUUGGCGUAUUGACAGGUUGGAUAUGGAUUAUGUGGAUCUUUACCUCAUGCACGCUCCCAUUGGUGAUCAUUUAUUAGAGACGUAUGAUGCAUUUUUGGAAUUGAAGGAAAAAGGUUUGGCAAAGUAUGUUAAAUUAUGUUAAAUUAUUAUCAGCGUCAUAAUUAUUAUCGAUAUUGAUUCUCAUAACCCAGACGAUAUAUUUUGUGUGAAAUAGCAGAGUGGUUCCCUUCGUUUUCCCAAGGAGGAUGAUAUACAGACUAACAUCCCGCGAAAGUAUCGCUAAAACUUUAAAAGACUACGUUUCAAACAGUUUAACUGUGUUCUUUAAUAGGUGAGUGUUAAAAUAAUCUGAUGAUGAACAGUCAAACUGUUUGAAACGUAGUUUUUUAAAGUUUAAUCGCGAUUGUCCCCUUUUGAAAUGAUUUUCAAUAAAUUUUAAAUAUUAAGGGUAUAAGUUUCAGAAACCAUAUCAUUAACUAUCACUGUGUGUGUGUGUGGGGGGGGGGGGUGCCCCCAGGGGGUGCUAUUUUUCAUGAUAAAGCAAAAAAGUAUUAGAGACAAAAUGAGAUACAGUAAUUUGAGUAAUAACAUGAUGAUAAAUGAACUGUGAACAACAAUUACAAUUAAAAUAUAGCAGUCAAGCAAGUACUGCUGUAUGUUGAUGGGCGGGCGGCACACAUGACCGGCACAACUCGGGCCCCAGAGCUGGCAGAGCACCCCCUCCCCCCUACCAGAUUAUGCUGGAUCCAUCCAUGCAUUAACUUAUUAAUUAACUUCGUUCGUUUAGAUCCAUUGGCGUAUCAAACUUUAAUAUAGCUAUGCUGGAAGGUCUACGUAAAGCUGGAAAACCAACACCUGCUGUUAAUCAAAUAGAAAUACAUCCUUACAUGAGAAGAGACGAGCUCGUGCAAUAUUGUCGUGACCAUGGUAUACAUGUAAUGGCAUUUUCACCACUGACAAAAGGCAAGAGGUUAAAAGAACCUGAUAUGGUCACUAUGGCGGCAACGUAAGAUAUCAAGUUAUUAUUUCAACCUUAUGAUAAAUAUCAAUAGGUUAUUAAUAGAUAAAAACAAAUGGAAAAUAUAGUCACUUAGUAAUCAUGUUUCUUCAAUCACUUAAAUCUACUUCAGGGCCUGGAUUUGGAGAAUGUAUUUUUCUAAUUCUUAACAGCAAAUCCAAAUUUAGCUGAUACUUACGUAAUCACAAGGCUGUUUACAUAUCGUAUUUAUAUAGGUACAAUUAACUAAGUAAUUAAUUUGUAUGUACCGUACUGAUUUACUUGACCUGUAUACUGUAUUUUGGUACAUAUUUUCAUUAUUUUGCAUAUAUCAUACGUUGCUUAUGUAUUAUACAAAUUGUGAAAGAUGGAUUUCGCAGUUGUAAAUUUUAACCUUUAGUGGACCACUGUAAUUGCAUUAGCUGUACUUGACCGGUUUAAACUGUAUAAUUCCAGUAUACUUUAUUUAACUGUACACUUUUUAACCCAAGGUACAAAAAGACAGCAGCGCAGUUAUUUAUCCGUUGGUGUAUACAAUCUGGUUUCAGUGCUAUUCCAAGAUCUUCAAACGAGAAACGUAUAAUUGAAAAUUCUCAAGUAUUUGACUGGAGUAUAAGUGACGAGGAUAUGAAAAUUUUGGUAAAUCUGCCCGCAGUUUUUACACAUUUUGUCGAAAUGUAAUAAUAAUAAUUAACAAUUAUUGGAUGAGGUUUUUGUAAUAUGCGGAAUUAUCGAGGUCGAGGUAAGCGUUAUCGUACCUGAUAACGCUUACCGAGACCUUGAUAAUUUUGCAUAUCGCAAAAACCGAAUUCAAUAAUUGUUUUAUCAUUUUCAUUUGUUUGUGUUAAAUAGAUAUCGCUUACUAAUCAUCGCAGGCUCAUUUGCAGAUAUUUCAGUUAUCUGCUAGCAGAUAACGGAAUUUUCUGUACUGUAGGUUGCGUGAUUGCGCGAUUUAAGUGUAAGCUCUUAGGCAAUCAAAUUGCUUUUACCAACUGCAAUGUAUAAUAAUUGUAGUUAUUAUUCACGUAAUGAUUUUCUCAAUUUUGAUUGACUCAUUCUCCUGCAAAUGACGGGUGCAAAUAAUACGCCAGCUGCAAGUAAAGCGGCAUUUUUCUAUGACGAAUAUGUUUGCUCGCUGAAAGUUGCUUUUAACAGCGAUAACACCACGAACAAAACAAGACAGGGGGGUUGACAACCUUCAGAUUACUUGACACUAACACCGCGGAGAAACGUCUGCCCAUGCGUCAACGGGGCAAGGGGGGAUCUCGUCACGAAAUCACGAAGAUCAUUUUUCGAUUUCACGAGUCACGAAAAACAAAAUUUCAUUUUCACGAUUUUUAGAAACACAGAGGCGUAACAAAGUCUGAAACCAUUUAACGCAUACUGAAUUUAACAUUAGAGCCGUUUAAAGGACUAUGGAAAUUAUUGCAAGGCAUUACGAAACAUUGCGAGCGUCGUACGAUGGUUCACGAAGAGGUACAAAGGUAUACGAUAACGACGUUUACCGAUGAAACGAAGAAACCUCAGAAAGACAACCGCGGGAAGCAAAUUUAUUUAUUUUUUCCCCAUAAUAUUAAAUUUGGGACCAGUUUUAAACGUAAACAUUCACAAGUUAGGGUAAAAUAUUGGUAAAUUCAAGACCCUAGCUAGCCUUUAGCUCUUCAGAAUUCACGGCACGCAUAUUAAUCAUGAUUCACGGAAUGGUAUUUCUUUAAAUCACGAAUCACGAAGCACGAAUAAUUGCUAAUCACGAGUGACGAGUCACGAAAAUACCCUUGCCCCCCUCGUCAACCUUACUGAAAUUUGCCUUGCGAACGUGGUGUCAAGAAGGUCUAUAGGCGUUAGAAUGGCGCUGAUCAAAUGGUUUACAACAUAUUUAAAUGAGAGGUCUCACUACACAGAACUGGGUAAUGAUACGUCAGGUCUUCGAGUCAUUAGAGAAGGGGUGGCUCAGGGUAGUAAAGUUGGGCCAACUGCUUUUAUUAUUAAGGUAAAUAAUUUACAUGCAGUUAUAAGAGAUGAAAUGAGUCGAAUCAUGGCAACCAGUAGUGACGCUUGUGGUAUUAUCGAAGAUGACACAAUUAUGUUCAUGGACGAUUCCACCUUGUACGAAGUUCUUGAUGUUUCCAACCAUAUAUCUGGCAUGAAAAAAUGGCGCUAAAUGUAAAAAAGUGUAAACCGAUGGUUAUUGACUUUCGAAAGAACAAAUCUGCCAUGAUCCCACCGUUUAUUGGAAGUAAAUGGACACGUGUUUGAAAGAGUUAAAUCGUAUAAAUUAUUGGGUAUGUGGAUCGAUGACAACCUAAAGUCGAAAACUAACGUUGAAUAUUUGGUAAAGAAAGGAGCAAAACGCUAGCUGUUUGCUCUAAAAAUGUUGAGGAGUUAUAAUGCUCCAAUGGAAGAUUUGAAAGCCUUUUACACGUCUGUUAUCAGAUCAACCCUUGAGUACUGUGCACAUAUUUGGCAUGGCAAUCUAACAAAUGAGCAGACACGUGAUAUUGUUCGUAUUCAAAAACGAGCUCUUCGAAUAAUGCUUCCUGAGUUAUCAUAUGAAGAGGCCUUGGUGGAAUGUAAUCUUAAAACUCUAGAAGGUCGUAGAGAAGAUAUGUGUAUUAAUCUUAUAAGUCAUUGCUUGAUCCUGGUCAUAAACUGUAUGAUUUGUUGCAACCUAAAAUGUGAAAUUAGGAAUAGAGAAACAAGACUAAGUGGAGGAAAGUUUUAUAAUUUUAACUGUCGGACACAACGUUUUAAAAAUUGUGCAAUUGUCUAUGGAGUCGGACAAUAUAAUAAAGUUUAAUUAAUAUUUUUUAGAUUGAAAUAGGAGUAUCCUUGUAAAUAGAGUAGUGUAUAUGAUAUAUAUUCUUCAUUUUUAACUGUAAUUCGCAUUAUAAUUUAGUGAUUAACUACUUAAUGUGAAAUUUUAGAAAAUAAUAAUAAUAAUAAGUAUUCCGAGGCGAAGGUUGUCAAAAACUCAAAAUGGAAGCGACAAGGAGCGACUUCGAUGUUUUACUUUUUCUGUGAAAAUGCAAUUGAAAUAAUGAAUGUGACAACCUAAAAACUGGAAAUAAUUACAGUCUGCAUGUGCAAGAAGUAAUAUAAUUAUGGCAUGCAAGAAGAUGAAUCAAAGGUGACUGUCGAUAAAUUUAUUGUAUAAAAAGUUCUUUAACUGAACCAUACAAAGAUAUUUGUAUUUGCUGACUAUUUAUUUUGUUAACUAUAUUUAAGGGUAAUGAUUUACUCUACAAUUUAAGCGUGUGCAAAUGCUUAACUCUUUGAUAGUUUGCGUAACUUUUGCUAACAGUUGGGUAUUCGACAAUUUUUCAAGAAAUGUUCACACGCUGAAACGAUAAUUUAAAUUCUGUUUCUUUUUAGAUUUUAAAUGUUAGAAAACUUUUUAUUAAUGUCUAAACUACCCGUCUAGUGUAUUUUUUUGUUUGUUUCACCCAUGUUUUUGUUUACAAUUGGCAUUUAAAUUCCUCGCCAUAUUUUCUAGUAGGCUACACGCACACGCGCAGACGUUUUCCGCGGUGUUCUUCACACCACGUUAAUCGCAAGGGUAAUAGACAAUUCCCAUUAUAGACUAAUUUAUUAUCUUGGCCAAAAAGUAUAUUCGCGGAAAGAGCAUACUAUAAAAUGAGUAAAAUUGCAAAGUUGGUUGCUAAAUGUUGUAAAAUACCACAUUUAGGCCGAAAAUGGUAGCAAUUUCCGCACGCGAUAGGUCUACAAAAGUAAACAAUUAUUUUCCGUAUUUUACAACAUUUUGCAACCAAACUUUGCAAUUUUACUCAUUUUAGUAUGCUCUUUUUAGCUGUGGUGAUUUAUUUACAUCUCUUUGUCUAGUUUUAAAAUUAGUCUAUAAUGGGGGUUGUCUAUUGACGGGGCUUUAUUGCAAAUACUCUGCGCAUGCGCACUUUAAAAGAAUAUUUUCACCUGCAAGUUAUCGAUUUGCUCAUGCGCACUUGAUCCUUACUUGAAUUAAACACGGCUCGUCGUGCAGAGCUAAUGAAUUCUCGUGCAAUUUGAAACGCCCUCUGGUGAGUUCUUCAGAAACUCCAAAUUGAACUAGACCCGUUAUUAGUUAACAAAAAGUAGCUUUGAGUUUGUCACCUAAAUGCAUGCAUCGUAUUAUUUCUCGUUUAGAAUUCUAAACCACAAGCAACUUGUAUUAUUGAAACGUCGCCCAUUUUUAAUAUUCAUGACAUGAAGCCAUCAUGGACGUCUUCCUAGUGAUGCUCCACAAAUUCAGAGGUAAUUGACUUUUUUACCAAUAGUGAAAUCCUGAAAUUGGAAUGCGUCAUUCGGUCAUUGCAUUGUUAUCAAGCAAAUGUUUACGUUCCUUUUUUAGCGCAAGUCGAGCUAGAAAAAUAUGCCUGGUAUUCAGGUUAGAACUUACGGCAAUGGAUUUGGAACCACAGUAAUUGGUUAAAAAUUGUUGUGAUUCCCUGUGACAAUUUGUAGUGCUAUAUAUUUGAUUUUUAGUGCAAUGUUUCCAUGGAAACGUUGCACUAUUGUGAUGAGUGGCGAAAUUCAAGCGAGAGAUACAUAGAGUAAACUUUCCGGGGGGAGUUGCAAAUGUUAUCCCGAUGCCAUAUCUAAAAAAACUUCAAGGUUGGAGAAUUUUUAACGUUAAAACGGUAUUUAUAGUAAUAGUAAAAUUUCUUAAAUUUGAUUUAGCUUGACAAUCAAUGUUUAAACGUCUACAUUACAGCAAUGUUAAAAGUUUACUGAGAUAAGAAAUAUGGGGAUUCGUGCCAUUAGCACCCCCCGUAUCAUCGGAUUUUCGUGAGAACUGCAAGUCAGCAAAAUCAGCACGCACAAAUAAAUAUGGCGAUAUGUAUGAGUGCUGCUCGAAAUUUUAGAACAGGCCUUGGGCAAACGAUUUAACAUGGAUAUGUAUUAUUUCGAUGCAAUUUUAGACUCUAUGUUGGGCCGCUUCAACUCGCCACAUUUCAUACGAGGCCCGAGUUUUUGCAUGUCUAUUUAUGAUUUUCUUUAUAGGAAUAUUUCAAUUUAAAUCUCGUAGACGUAACUCAAUUUAUGUCACGAAAUUUAGUUAUACAGC